AGAAGAAACACCCAAUCUGUACUUUCAGAAGAGGAGAAAGAGGGAGAAGUUAGAGAGAGAUGGAAAGGGGUUGUUUGGCUUUCACAACAGCGUCAGCACCUGCGACACCACCGACCUUCGCUAACUAUGGCGGUGUCAUCUCCAAACAUUUUCAGACCAACCACCACCGGCUGAUUCCAACAACGAGCAGUGAUGGUUGUAGUCUCAGUAGAAGAAGAAGACCCUUGUCUGUUAAAGCAUUGAAGAAUAGCUUCUCUACCAGACAACAACCUACUCUUUCGAGCAAUUGGGACGUAUCUUCUCAGGCAACUUGGCUUCCUAGAUUCGAAGAGCUCGAUACCACCAACAUGCUUCUUCGCCAGCGGAUUAUCUUCUUGGGUUCUCAGGUUGAUGAUGUGACAGCAGAUUUCAUCAUAAGUCAGCUCUUAUUUCUGGAUGCGGAAGAUCAGGAAAAAGACAUCAAAUUAUUUAUAAAUUCACCUGGUGGUUCUGUUACUGCUGGAAUGGGAAUAUAUGAUGCUAUGAAGAUGUGCAAAGCAGAUGUUUCUACUAUUUGCUUCGGGCUUGCUGCAUCAAUGGGUGCAUUUCUCCUGGCUUCUGGUAGUAAAGGAAAGAGGUAUUGCAUGCCUAAUGCAAGAGUAAUGAUCCAUCAACCACUCGGAACUUCUGGGGGCAAAGCUACUGAGAUGGGUAUUCGAAUAAGAGAAAUGGUGUACCACAAGGUUAAGCUGAACAAAAUACUAUCAAGAAUCACAGGGAAGCCCGAGCAGCAGAUUGAAGUAGACACUGACCGUGACAAUUUCAUGAAUCCUUGGGAGGCAGUUGAUUAUGGGUUGGUGGAUGCAGUUAUUGACGAUGGCAAGCCAGGAUUAGUUGCGCCCACUGCAGAAGCGGCCGCUCCACCCAAGACCCGAGUGUGGGAUCUUUGGAAAGUUGAAGGUAGCAGGAAAUCCAGGAAGAACUUGCCCUCCGAGGAAAAGAUUUUACAAAACGGAAUAAGUAAUGGUCGAGGAAGUGAUGGAGAGAGCGGCACAGAACAGGAAAAAGAAGCACCCACUCCAGUAUAAAGCAUGGAAACAGAUAUGCUUCCCAUAUCUUGUAACUUUACCACUCAAGUACAGUUGGAAUGGAAGGUGGUCACUGAAAUAGGUCUUUAAAAAGUGUUUUACAAGUUGCAGUUUGCAAUUUUUGUUCUCGAAACUGACUUUACUCUAUAGACAAAAAUUCAUGUUUCAAAUUGUUCUUUGGAGAAGCAUGUUUCAUUCA